AGUUUCCAUUUCAUCCAUGCGAUCCAUUCACCAGGUACUUUUUCUUCUGAUAUUACUGGCUUAUGUCGAUUCGAAGGCUAAGUUAGAUCUCCAGGAUCAAGGAGACAUUGAAGAAGAAGAAGACGAUGUUGAUGAAGAUGAUGGACCAAAUGGAAAAGAUGUUUAUUCAUUUCUUGCAAGUAGAAUGCAUCAAGAUCUGGGAUUGAAGAAACAAAAGAAAGCGCACAUUUAUAAAAUCCCUGGACCACAGGAGCCCCUUCCUGGAAGAUCUCAUGAUGGAGAUUAUUGGCCAGUAUUUCCAUUUGCAAAUCAAUUUUCUGGUGGAGUAGAUCUUGACCCAGCUAUUUCCAGACACAUUGGAGGGGACAUGAACUUUGCAGUACCUUCUUGGGGAAUGCUAGAUCUCUAUGGCCGCAUGUAUUAUGCUAGAACUCAAGAUACUACAACCAAAUUUGGAUAUCUCAAUCAUCCAGUUAAUAUGCUUGAUUUGGAAAAAGAAGAUUUUGUGAAAUUAAUGAGCGAUCCAGCUGUUCAAGCAAAUAGAAGAGCACAUCCGACACUUCCUAUGGGUCAAUUCGGCAAGCAAUUCAUGCCAAUGUCAUGUAAACCACCUCUAUGUAACCCAUACCAUAUGAACCUGAUGAUGGGGGUUGAACAUAUGUGGGGAGGACCUGAUGGUGCAGAAGGAGAAAUUGACGUGGCUAUUCCAAUGUCUAAGGGAGUUGCUUAUAGAUUUCCAUUCUCUGGAAACUUGUACUUUACUCGAGACAAUGUCACAGUUCACUAUGGGCAUAAUUUGUCACCUAUUGAUCCAUUUGGCAGUUUAUUUGAUUAUCAAAAGAACAGAGAUCCAGUUCUUAAAAAUUUGAUUCCGAGAAGAUGGCCGAGAAGCAUUCAGGAGCCAACAGAAGCUCCAGUUCAUCGACACAUGGGUGCAGUGUAUCCACCUUCUCAACAAAUGUAUGAUCUUCCAUAUCAGAUGGCAAUGUUGCCGAUCUUAAGUACACCCCCAUUCUAUAGCCACGUAGUUCAAAAAAACUAUCGACCAAUGAUACCACUUCGAAGAUCUCCACCAAGAAGAAAACGACAUUUUGCAUAUAAUCCAGGAAACAUGUAUCCGAACUACUAUCCUUACCCUACUUUUUUAAAAUUUAAUAACUGAAAAUAAUAAUUCUAAUAAAAUGUAAUAACC